UGUGGCGCGCUCCCGCCAUGCUUUUCGCCGCCGUCUUGUGGCGGGAACCGCGGCAGCCCGGGGGACGGCGGCGACUGAGGGGAAACCAUGCAGGCGUUUCUGAAAGGCGCAUCUGUCAGUACUAAGGCACAGCUGACCAAGGACCGGGGGAUACCUGCCACUGCAGGAAGCACUGGAGAAACCAAGAAAGCCAAACCAGUUCCCUGGGUAGAAAAAUAUCGUCCAAAGUGUGUGGAUGAAGUCGCUUUCCAGGAAGAGGUGGUCGCAGUGCUGAAAAAGUCUUUAGAAGGAGCCGAUCUUCCUAAUCUCUUAUUCUAUGGGCCCCCUGGGACGGGCAAAACGUCCACAAUUCUGGCAGCGGCUAGAGAACUCUUUGGGCCUGAACUCUUUCGGCUAAGAGUUCUUGAGCUAAAUGCAUCUGAUGAACGUGGAAUACAAGUAGUCCGAGAGAAGGUGAAGAACUUCGCUCAGUUAACUGUGUCAGGAAGUCGCUCAGAUGGGAAGCCAUGUCCUCCCUUUAAGAUUGUAAUUCUGGAUGAAGCUGAUUCGAUGACCUCAGCUGCUCAGGCAGCUUUAAGACGUACCAUGGAAAAAGAGUCAAAAACAACCAGAUUCUGCCUCAUCUGUAACUAUGUCAGUCGAAUAAUUGAACCCCUCACUUCUAGAUGUUCAAAAUUCCGCUUCAAGCCGCUGUCAGAUAAGAUUCAACAGAAGCGAUUACUGGAUAUUGCUCAGAAGGAAAAUGUCAAAAUUGGCAACGAGGAAAUAGCUUAUCUUGUUAAAGUAUCAGAAGGAGAUUUACGGAAAGCCAUUACAUUUCUGCAAAGUGCUACUCGGCUAACAGGUGGAAAGGAAGUCAUGGAAGAUGUGAUCACAGACAUUGCUGGGGUAAUACCAGCUACAACCAUUGAUGGAAUAUUCACUGCAUGUCACAGUGGCUCUUUUGACAAACUAGAAGCUGUGGUAAAGGACUUAAUAAAUGAAGGACAUGCAGCUACUCAGCUUGUUAAUCAGCUUCAUGAUGCAGUUGUAGAAAAUGAAAAUCUUUCUGAUAAACAAAAGUCUGUUAUUACAGAAAAGCUUGCUGAAGUGGAUAAGUGCUUAGCAGAUGGUGCAGAUGAACACCUGCAGUUGAUGAGCCUUUGUGCAACAGUGAUGCAGCAGCUAACUCAGAAUUGUUGA